AACAACAUGAUGUUGAAAAUGGAGAUCGUGGAGAGAAAAUGCAAGCUAUUUAUCGGAGCUGUAAUGAAAAUUCAGUGAAAAUAACGUUUGUAGUUCUGCUAAAUGAUACACACUGUUAAUUCAAACGCUACAUGAUGCAGUCACAGACGGAGAAAUAGAAACAAAGAUCUGGAAAGCUAUUAUACCAACACGAGGGAGGUUGAUCUUGUAUGGUUUUCAGCAGCUCUCCUGUGAACAUGGACAGAGCUUCUGAAAUUCUGAAGACAACAGUAAGGAAUUUCUGGUAGUGGAACAAACUUUUGAACAAUGGCUAGCAGUGAUGGAAAUGCUUCCCUGAAGGUGGCACAAAAACAAGAGAUUGUGAAGGUGCCUGUGGUGUUGACAUUCAAAGAUGAUACAUUUCACUGCAAGGUCUGUCGAAACCACACAAAGAGCAAAAAUGCCUUCGAGGAGCACAUGGCAUCACAUUGCGUGUUACACCCGUAUGUUUGUAUUCCAUGCAAGGCUAAGUACAAAUUGAAGAGUGAAAUGGACAAGCACGUCAGGCUAGUUCAUAAGAAUGAGAAAGUCCAAUGUGGUAUGCAAGGAAUGAAAGACGUAAAAAUUCAUAUGGAGGAUCUGUUAACAAAAGGAAUAGUGGAAUUUGAUGGAUAUUCAACAAGGACACAACGGAAAUCAAGUGGAGUUUCUGUAGGUGCUUCCAGAGUGGGUUCCCAUGAAAAAGUGCCAGUGAAAGUGGAGAAGGAGGAAACACAUGAAAACCAAACCACAGCAGAGAAAUUGCAUAUGGCUACAGAACAUGCUUCUAAUUCUGAUAAGAUCUUCCUUAAAAAUGACAAUGAUGAAAGUACAAGUGGUAAAGUGAGUGUAACUGGAGGGAUCAGUGGAUCAGAAACAGUGACAUAUGGCAUUGAGAUAACACAGACUACCAGAACAAAUGCGUGUAAUGUACUUGAUAACAAUCCAGUUGAAAAUUUUGUGACAGAAAAUAACAAUUCUGUCAAUGUGAACUCGAAUAUUGAUACUAGUGCCAGAGAUACUGUCAAAUCUUCAAGUCAAAAUACACCAAAUGUUCAUAUGCUUAAAGUUAGUGAGGAAGCUUCUUCAUCAAGGAAUGAUGCCGUUGUAUCUAGUACAGAUUCAGAGGAGAGCAGCAGCAAGCACCUUUUAAUCACCAAUCAGAGACUAGUGCUGGAGUCAGAUGAAGCUGAACGUAUACACAAUGAACAAACUGAUUCUACAUCAAAAUACAUCCAACAGCAUAAAACUGAACACGACAUUUGUAUGACUGCUAAUUCCAUAUUGUCUGGGGAUAAACUGGAACAGAAAACUGCUGAAUUAAAAUGCAAUGUUUCUGAUUUAGAAUCAGAGUCACCAAAUGAUAUCCAAGAAAAUAAUGACACCAGUUUUCCUGUGUCUAGUUCUAAUCUAAAAUCCUCAGAGACUCUUCAUGGGGACGAUAAUCCUACCUCAAAGUUAAAUAUUCCGGAUCUGAACAAACAGCAGGAAGUUGUUGAUAAAUGUUUGCCUCAAGAAUUGGAGGUGAUGUCACAUUCAGAUCACUUGAUUGUAACGGCAAUGACUAAGGAUGAAUCAUUCACAGAAAUGCUACAAAGUAAAGAUUUGUCUGAAACAAGAAUCUUUCCUGACACAAAUUCACAUCCUAGCACAUUGUCUCUAGAAUCUGUUGGGCAACAAUCACAAGAGAGGACAAUUGCUGAGGAAGGAGAGACUAUGGAUAGAAUAUCAAGUUCAAACUUCCCAUCAGUGGACAUUUCAUCUGACAGUGAAAUGUCAACAAACAGACUUUUAGCAGUAAAGGGCAGUUCUGAUGUCCGACCUGCAAACAAAGAGGAGCAAAAAGAUACGCAGUUCAUUUCUGCAGUCUUGAAUGAUGGAAAAUCACCAGCUCCACAUGAUUCAAAUGAUGGGGAUCAACAACUCGCUGCAGUAACUGAGAGAGAACCUUCACAGAUGGAAGAGAGACUCGUGGAUGUAGAGGAUCAGUAUCUUGAAGCAGGUCAGAUUUCUGCAAGAAGUGAAAAUCUUCCAAUAGAUAAAGGUACAUGCAAGGACAUUCAAUUAAAAGGAAUGUGUCCCGCAACAACUGAUCCGAAUUCUCUGCAGGAUGAAGGGAGCCAACUCUCUGCUGCAAUCAAUACAGUUCUGCCACAGAAUGUAGGGAUGCAACUCUCUUCUGCAACCGAUGGAGAUCCUCCUCAGGAUGAAGGGAGACAACUUAUUGCUGUGUCUUUUAUAGAUCCUCCACAGGAUGAAAUGAGGCUACUCUCUGCUGCGACUGAUGCAAAUCCUCCACAGGACUUAGGGAGAAAAGUCAUUGUUGCAACUAAUACAGAUCCUCCUUAUGAGGAAGGGAGGCUACUCUCUGCUGCAACUGAUACAGAUCCUUCACAGGACUUAGGAAUCAAACUCAAUGUUGCAACUGAUACCGAUUCUCCUCAUGAGGAAGAGAGAAAACUCUCUGCUGCAACUGAUACAGAUCCUUCACAGGAUGAAGGGAGACAACUCUCUGCUCCAACUGAUGCAGAUCCUCCUCGGGAUGAAGGGAGACAACUCUCUGCUCCAACUGAUGCAGAUCCUCCUCAGGAUGAAGGGAGACAACUCUCUGCUCCAACUGAUACAGAUCCUCCAAGGGAUGAAGAGAGACAACUCUCUGCUCCAACUGAUGCAGAUCCUUCUCAAGAUGAAGGGAGACAACUCUCUGCUGCAACUGAUACAGAUUAUCCUCAGGAUGAAGGGAGACAACUGUCAGCUCCAACUGAUACAGAUCCUCCAAGGGAUGAAGGGAGACAACUCUCUGCUGCAACUGAUACAGAUCAUCCUCAGGAAGAAGUCGCUGCUGCUAUAUUUCCUCUGCAGGAAAAAGAAAAACAGAUUUUGGCUUCAGCUGAUUUGUCACCAGGCGAGGCAUUGCAAUUCAAUGUUGCAUAUGAUACAGAUUCCACACAGGACAAGGAGCAUCAAGUCAUUACGACAACUGAUAAGGAAUCUCCGCAGGGGAAAGGGAAGCAACUCACUUCUUCAAGUGAUAUAUGUAUGCUACAUGAUCAAAAUAGCUUGGUCAAUUCUACAACUGAUAAAGCUACACAAUUGGAGAAACAAGUUAUAGCCGAAGUUGAUAGAGAGUCUCAGAAUCAGCUCACUUCUGCCAAUGAGGAAGAUCGUACACAGGAUAAAGUAAUAACACCCACAGCUGACCAACCUUGUGGUCAGGGACAUAUUCCUACCUCCAUAACAGAUAAGGAUAAUCUUUUGAUUGAGGAGGGAAAAAUAAAUUCUUCAGCAUGUAAUGAGACUGCACAGGUUGAUGGACAACUUACCAAGACAACAGUUGACAAACAGCCUAAAUCAUUUGUCAGUUCUCAAAACAAGGUGGAAGACGAUGAGGCAGAUUCCAAAGGCAUUGUUGAAUCCUUUGAAGUGAAUACCACAUCAACUACAUCUGAGAAAGAGAGCAAAGACUCUGAGGUUUCAAACAGAGACUCUUAUGACAAACAGAACCCGAAAGAACAAGACAUUGAUCAAAUUGAUUCAUCGUCAGUUAGAGAAAACAUCUUUCCAAAACCAUCCACAUCUCAUGUAAAACCAUCAUCUUCAAAUGACUCACAGAAUAUGAGUUCAGAUGAGGAUCAGCAUAUCAGUUCAUCACAGGAAAGUUUUAAUGAAAUGCUUCACAUUAAUGAGAAAAAUGAGCAGAUAUUGAGAUCAAAUCUUUCAAGUUUGAACUUUUCAGGAAAGCAUAACGUAAUUCCAAAUAACAAUACUGCUAAAUCUGCUCCUGAAAAAUGUCUAUCUGCAUGUGAACAGGACUCAAGUGUUCCAUCUGUUAUCUCUACUCCGUCUUCUCCAUCAAAGGAAACUGAUGACAUUCAGCCUCCAAAAGUCAAAACCAUGUUAAAUAGGAAUGUCUAUCACCAUUUGCAUUCUAGUGACAAACAGUCAGAAAGUAGAAAGGGAGAAAGUAAUGUUCCUCUGGCAGUCCAAGAAAAUCAUAACUCGACACAACAUGAUCCAGGGCUGAAAGAUAAAACCAUUAUGAGAACCACAUCUGUAUAUUUAAAACAACAGUGUGGAAAUCAGACUGAAGUUGCAAUUCCUUCCCCUGUGUCAUACCAAAGACAGAUACUGGAUGGACAACAAAGUCAGGUCGGGGUGCCGUCUCCUGUCCCACAAAGACAGAUACAGGAUGGACAACAAAGUCAGGUCAGAGGACCGUCUCCUGUCCAACAAAGACAGAUAAUGGUUGGACAACAAACUCAGGUCAGAAGAACUUCCCCUGUGUCAUACCAAAGACAGAUAAUGGUUGGACAACAAAGUCAGGUCGGGGUGCCGUCUCCUGUCCCACAAAGACAGAUACUGGAUGGACAACAAAGACAGGUCAGAGGACCGUCUCCUGUCCCACAAAGACAGAUAAUGGUUGGACAACAAAGUCAGGUCAGAAGAACUUCCCCUGUGUCAUACCAAAGACAGAUAAUGGUUGGACAACAAAGUGAGGUCAGAGGACCGUCUCCUGUUCCACAACAAAGACAGAUACAGGAUGGACAACAAAGUCAGGUCAGAGGACCGUCUCCUGUGUCAUACCAAAGACAGAUAGAGGAUGGACAACAAAGUCAGGUCAGAGGACCGUCUCCUGUGUCAUACCAAAGACAGAUACAGGAUGGACAACAAAGUCAGGUCAGAGGACCGUCUCCUGUCCCACAAAGACAGAUACAGGAUGGACAACAUAGUGAGGUCAGAGGGCCGUCUCCUGUCCCACAAAGACAGAUACUGGAUGGACAACAAAGUGAGGUCAGAGGGCUGUCUCCUGUGUCAUACCAAAGACAGAUACUGGAUGGACAACAAAGUCAGGUCAGAGGACCGUCUCCUGUGUCAUACCAAAGACAGAUACUGGAUGGACAACAAAGUGAGGUCAGAGGGCCGUCUCCUGUCCAAAUACAACAACGAAGACAGAGUGGAAAUCAAACAAGAAGUCCUUCUCCUGUGUAUAAACAACAACAGUCUCCAGCUGUUCUACAGAAACCUGAAGAAAUUAUGGCUGCAAGAAUGAGUAUAUUUAAUUUGACAUACCCACAACAAAUAGCCAGUAUUUCCAUCCCGAUAAACAACAGACUGAACACUUCAAGCAUGUUACCAACUAACAAUCCAUCUACAGGACAAAUGUCUCGUCAUGUUACACCUGUAUCUUUCAGCCAAGUUAACCAGAUUGGUCAACAGAACAGAGCUCCUGCUCCAUCUAUACCGCCAUUGAGAUCUCCUGUUGGCCAGUUCAUGACUAUUGUACCAGAGGCAGACGUAAGACCAGGAUCUCUGAAUGCAACUCAGCAUAUAAAUGUACAGGGUAAUACAAUCAGUCAAAACAUAUUACCAAACCAGCUCCCAUCCUUUCCUCAUAUUGUGGGCGUUAGCCCAGCUCGAUUUCCUAACAAUAACCAAGCGUUUCAUCAAAAUAUGCAAAUGCAACAACAGGCAUUCAUACCACAGACUAAUGUUGGAGGUCUUCAGGGGCAGAAAACUCCAGGUUCUGUUGCCUUUGGAAGGAUGCCUGCUGGAAUGUUGAUCACAGGACAAAAUGGUUCUCUUUUGAGUCUGCCACAGUUUCAGGAGAAUCCAAAUAGAUCAACCACAGGGUGUAUUGGUUUGCCACAAGUGUCAACAGCUCGGACAUCAGGAAUAAUUCCACCAUUCAUUCUUUCACAAAAUGGAACUCUUCAAUCUACAACACUCAUAAAUAGGACGAAUCUGCCAGCACAGAGUGGAAACCAAAAUCAAUUUGGAGGCCCAUCGUUUGUUCCCAUGCAUCAACAAGGACUUUCUACUGUACCAAUGCAACAACAGACAAGUCAGAGUAGAAACCAAAUACAAGUCAGAGGGCUAUAUCAAGCACAACAAAAACAGGGUCAGGAUGGGAAACAGAACCAGGUUGGGGGACCUUCUCCUAUACAUAUACAGCAAGGUCAUGUACAGGGCGUUAGAAAUUCUUCUUUGUUAGUUCAGCAACUGAAAAAUGUUCCACUUAAUCAGAUCAAUCAAACGACACUGUCUGAAAGUACCUCCGAAGCAAAGGAAUCGUCAAGUGUAGGGAAAAUCUCAAAACAGUCCUCUCUCAAAGCAACUACUAAAAUUGCUGAACUUUUUCGGAAAGCAAGAAAAGAUAAACAAGUACAAAAUAAAAAGCUACCGACAGAAUCUGCUGAAGCCAAUGAUAAACAGGACAAUAAUGUACAACCUGGUACGCCUGAAUCAAGUGAAAAACAGGACAAUAACCUGCAACAAAGUACAUUUGAACAGCCAGAUACAGGAACUUCUGUUGCAAAGCCAGAUGAAGUAACUUUGAUUAUGCAACAACCGUCAAAGAAGAAGAAAGACAAAGGGAUUUUUAGGAAAGUUGGGCCUGAUUUCUUGUGUAAUAAGUGCAAGAUCGAAACACAGUCUGAAAUUGAAUUUUGUCGCCACAUCUGGAUACACUUUCAUAUCAAAAAGAAAUUAUGUAACACAUGUCGUUCGUUUGAAGACAGUGCUGCAAAAUGCCAGCUUGUAAUGAGUGUGAUUGAUGGUCUCAAGUAUGGAUGUUCAGUUGCUAGCACAGCUGCUGAACAAUUACAGGUGAAGACUGAACCAGAGGAUGAUGACGUUGUUAUAAUAGAGCAUGUCCCUCCUCCCAAAAACGUACAACAUUCUGUCUCGGAAAUCAAACACGAAACUACUUUAAUUCAAUCUUCAAAAAACACACCAGAUGAAUUUGCUGAAUUUACUGAAGAUGGGAAGGACAUGAAUUCAGUAUUGCCACAAAGUUCUGCUAUCAUAUCCAAUCCUAGCCCAACACAUCCAUCAGAAUUGGAAAACAGUGGUGUAUAUGCCAAUUCCAAGACAGCAACAGGAUCUGUUCUUUCUAGAGGAGAAUUGGAUGCCUCAUCUAGCGCCGAGGAGAAAAAUGUGAUGACUCAAAACGAUUACCCAAGGAAAUCUGAUGAAAGAAUAUCCUUGGUGUCAGAUGAUGAGGCAGUACAAACAUCAAGAGAAGUACCAGGGACAAGAAGUGGUUUUCAGACAACUAAGGAACACUCAUCCAAAGAUCACACCAGUACUGUGCCUCAUCUCAUGGUUAGUGAAAGUGGUCGACAAUUUAUAUACCAGUUCAUUGGAAAGAAAAACCAGCAAAAACAAACAAACUUUAAUUCAACGAAAAGUGAAAACAAAAAAACAAAAAUUGGUGGACAAUUUAUAUAUCAGUUCAUUGGACAGAAAAACCAGCAAAAACAAGCAAACUUUAAUUCAACGGAUAGUGAAAACAAUAUUAGCAAUCAGCCUGAUGUUCAAAGUAAUGAAGUUGAAGGAGACGCUGUUGUGAAGACAAAACAAUCAAAUCCUCGUUCAACAGAGGCUGAAAACAAGUCAGUUGCUGUAAAUGCUUCAGUUGCAACAGAUCCAAUUCCUGUUGCUGUAAUUACUACAGUUGCAACAGAUCUAGCUGCUGUUGAUGUAAAUGCUUCAGUUGCAAUAGAUCUAGCUCCUGCUGCUGUAAUUGCUACAGUUGAAGCAGAUCCCACACCUUUAGAGAAGACUACUGGAAACUUCUACGUUUGUGGUGGGUUUGAUUCCUGCCAUUUCAGCUGCUUGACUACAGCGGACUUCUACAAGCAUAUGUCGACUGUGCAUAGUAAUGCUUCAUCAUUUUUAUGUGUUCAUUGUGGAUGUCCCUGUUCCACACUACAAAAUCUGAUGCGUCACCUGCCUUCACAUCUCAGAGGCACAUCAGUUUUCUACACGUGCUGCAUCAGUGGUUGCAGAUUUAAGACCAAUCUCUUGCAUGAUUACAGUUCUCAUUUAUCGGAAGUCCAUUCACGUUCGAACACAUUUAUUUGCACCUUCUGUGAACAAAGUUUCACAUCUGUUGACCUCUUGGUUCAGCAUAUUCAGGAGAACACUUUGAAAUUUGUGAGAUGUCCAUUCUGCAAAGUUGCCGAUACAGAUGCCAAACUCAUCAAACAGCAUUUGGCAUCCACACAUCCUGGGGAAUCCCGUCAUCUGAGUGUAGCAUGUGAAAUUGUGUGUCGCGAGAGACAGAAGCAUAACUAUAUAAAGAGAAACAUAGAGGAAUCCCAAGGGGAUAAAGAGCAUGUGAGAGCAGUGGAACCUCAAGCAGAUGCAACUGGUAAAACAUUUGCACGUUUGUCAGAUACGUCUGAUGAAGAUGAAUCACCAGAAGCUAACACAUCAGAAGAGAAGGCAUCAAACGUAUGGAAGACACAGGAGAAUCAGGAAAUGUCUGAGGAGACUGUGACACCUGACACUGCAAUGAACUCCAGACCAGCAUUGUCAUUGAAAGUGAAUGAGACAGUGAUGAGUGAGAUUUCAGUAUGUGAUUCUACAGUGUCCCCUACACCUUCUCUGUCACACUCCACUAAUGAUGAGGAUCCACUCGUUUCUGAUUUGGACAACAGUGCUGCCUCCAACAGGCUUCAAAAAUGUGUGAAAUGCUCCUUUGCUACAAAGGAUAAGUUUUCUUUUACUCUCCACAAGGAAAUUCAUGAAGAGCAAGAUCCAGUUAAGAAUGUUUUUUCUUGUCCUGAGUGUCCAGAUGGAAUGACAACUAUACAAAUGUUUCGCAAUCAUAUGAACAAGCAUAUAGGCAACUACACUGUUACAAUGUAUUACUGUGAUCUCUGCCAGAUUGUCACCAACGAACUUGAAACAAUUCAAACUCAUGGCAGACAAUUCCAUCAUAACUUUAAUGAAGACACAGACAUUUCAACACGGACUAUGAAAUUCUCCUUCAAGGCUUUUGCAUGUGACAAAUGUGAGUUUUGCACAACAGAUCAAGAGGCUUUUAACAAGCAUGCUGAAAAUCAUAUGAAGAAGAUUCUUCCCAAACCAGUCGUACUUGAAGAAUUCAAAUGCCCGUACUGCAUAUACCACACACAAGACAAAAGUAUAUUUGAUAUUCAUAUCACAAACAUGCACCAGAAACAGUUAAAUAAAGAAAAACGGAAUCGGAAAUCGAUUGAACAAGAAAGGUCAAAGAUUUUGAAAUCUCUGCCAAAGGAAUCUGAACCAGCGAAGGUGUCCUCUCAGUCAGUUGCUUCUGUUGAAAACUUUCAGGACAAACCUUCCUCAUCUGAAACAUCUAUUGAUCAAUCAAAUGAUAAGAUUGACCAAUCAGCACAGUCUACAAUCCUAAAGUCUCAGGAAUUUGAAUCUCAACCACAAUCCACAUCGGAUGAUGUGUAUCAUAGUCAGGUUUCAAAGAGAUACCACUGCUGUGAAUGCUCCAAUUGCUUCUCUUCAACGGAUCAGCUGAAAACACACCUUGAACUUCAUGGGAAGGAGACAAAGAAAAACUAUAAAAUAAAACUGCUGAAAUGCUCAUACUGUGAUUAUACAACCACCGAGAGCCUGUGGCUGAAACGACACUAUCGGGAAAAACAUAAACAGAAUUCUAAGUCAGUAAAGCAACAAAGACUUGUAAUUCAUGUAGGACAAGGAACAUCAGAGAAACCCAGCACAUCAAGGGAUGAUGUACAAGCACCUGCUGUGGUGAGAAACCUGAAGGCAUUCUUGAUUCCAGUACAGACAACAUUUCCUGAACCAGUGAGAUGCUGUGAGUGUGACUUCUCCACGAGAGACCGUGCAUCUUUGGUUAUUCAUGUUACUAAGCACCCAACACUGUAUCCAAGGUUUGAGGACCCUAACGAUUCAACAGAGGAAAUAAGGAAAGAGAAUAAAGAAGCUGCCAGCGUGGAUAGGAUUCAAGAUAGAAAUGAAGAGAUUGAUAGUUACAAGAAAAUUGAUGACAAGGAUUUCAGCAGACAGUUCAGCUCAAAGCCAGUGGAGAUCUCCUCUGAGUGUUCCACUGCUGAUCAAGAUGUGAUUGAUUUGUUAACAGAUGAAAGUACUGAUGAGUAUGAAAAAGAGGAAACCACACAAGAGAAGGCACAUCCCAAGCAAUUAUUUGGACAUGAUGGUUACAAAUCUGAUCAAUCUUCCACAUCAGGUGAUAAAUCCGGAAAUUCAUCGAAGGAAGUGAUAGCCGAGAAAGUUGCACCUCGUCCACACAGGAGGAGUCAAGAUUGUGACGUCUUAUUCAGACUGGGAAGUGACCUGUUACAUAGUAGACUGAGGCCAUGCUUCUCGCAAGGAGAAAACAACACACUUGUGUGUGACCUUUGCAGAGAUGGCACCUUUCAAGAUAGAUACAGAUUUCACAAACAUCUGCUAAGACACAUGAAUCUUUGGUUUUUCAUGUGUGGCUACUGUGACUUCCAAUGUUUUGAGCACCUUGCCAUGACAAGUCACUUUGCCAAACAACACAAGAACCAGCCACAUCAAUUCCUGAAAAUGGAAGCAGAGGACUUCAGAAACAGGAUUAAUGAGAUUAUACACUGCAGAAAGGCAGGUGUAUCUAUUCCAUCAUUAAUCGAUAUCAGGGCUCAAGAGUCCAACAGAAUCAAAGAUGAGGAAAAGCAAACUGAUGAAAGUAUCAACGAUGGCACAGGAGUAGAGAUAAGUAAAACUUCUAAGUCACAAAAAACAUCUGAUGUCGAAAAGCCCAAGGCAAAUACCGGCAAGAACUCGCCUGAAAAAGACUCUAUUCAUGGAUCAGAGAAAAGCUUGACCUCGCAGAAAUCAUCUGGUGCAGGAAAAGUCAUUACAGUUGGUGCUUUUCACAAGUGUUCAAUAUGUGGUUACAAGUCUAACAACAAAAGCAAUGUGAUUCGACAUCUGGGAGUGCAUUCCCAACGAAACAAGCACCAUUGUGACCUUUGUGCUUUCCAUACUUCCAUUGCUGGUGAUUUAAGUCUUCAUAUGGCUAAAAGACAUCCGGAAGCAUGUAAGAAAACGCCAAGCAGGUGUUCUCGAGAAUUGAAAGAAUUGCUGGAAGAUCAUAAUUCAAGAUCAAAACAGAAAGACGUAUCCCCGGAUACUUGUGAAGAUAAUGCCAGUUCGUCAAAGAGUCGGAACACAACAAAGAAACACUCAACUGCAGCUAAGAGUUCAUUUAUCGCAAAGGCAAGUCCAAAUGUUGAUAACAAAACUUCUGCAGCCUCCAAGACAUCAUCAGGCAAUAAAAGUGUGCUUUCAUCACCCGUAAAAACAAUUUACAGACAUACUUUGAAAAAGUAUAAAGGUCGGUUUAAGUGUAACUUCUGUCACUAUUGUUCAAAGUGGGCCAACAAUAUGUGCCGACACAUACUGCAUAUACACAAGGUGAGGGUCAUCUCGCAGGAGAAUGAGGAAAUCAACAACAAACAAAAGACAGUUGAGAGUGAUGAUGCCGAAAGUGUGGUUACUAAGGAUACUGGUGAUGCUGAUGAAGAGGAUGAUGAAGAAGAGAGUGUUGAUAAUGAAGAAAGUGGCGAUGUAGAAACAAGAGUUGAGGAGAGUAGUGAUGAUGAAAACGAUGAUAACAAAAACAAUAGUGUCAAAAAGGGUUAUCCAAAAGUGGUCCUGUAUACAUGUGAUGUCAAGGUCAACGCCAAGGGACAUUACCAGUGCCCCCUGUGUCCAGCUUUCCUUCAGCACAAGGUCAACCUUUAUCGACAUGGCUUAGAGGUCCAUAAUGCCGAGAUUAAAGAGGGAUACACCUGUAUGUCCUGUAAAAAAGACUUCAGGCUGAGAACACACUUUCUUAAUCAUCUCAAAACAGAAUCAAAGUGUGACCAACCCUGGUUCCUUUGUACAUCAAGGCAUUGUACAGCUAUUUUCCAUGAUUCUCAAAAGUGUAUAAAGCACAUGCAGAAAGAAAAUUCAAAAAAGAAAUAUCCUGCAGUGUUAAAAACAAGGAAAAUGAAACUUGCUAAAUGUUUUAUCAAAGGAAACCUAUUGCAUCGCCAAAACAAGUAUAGGGAUUUAGGUAAAAAGGAAGAAAAAACAUCCAGCAAAACUGAGGAAAAGACACCAAGCAAAAAGGAGGAAAAAUCAUCAAGUAAAAAACAAGGAAACUCUUUGAACAAAAAGGAGGAAAGAAGUUCCAGAAAAAUUGAGCCAACAGCAUCCAGCAAAAAGGAAAUGAAAAUGCUCGAUGAUUUGUGCUUCUCGCAGUCCCCAGAUAUGAAAGACAUUCAUUGUGGAAGUUGUAAGCAAGAAAGAGAGUACAGUUUUUCCUUCCAACUUCACUGUAACAACAGACAUCCUACAAAGUCGUUAUGUUGUUUCUUUUGCCGAAAGUUCACCACAACAUCUGUACGCCACAUGAUGUAUCAUAUAAUUGAUGUCCAUAAUGAGAAUGAGCUAAAGUUUUAUUAUGUACCAAGAAAAGACCAACAUGUCGUGGAUGCACAAAAGUUCAAGAACAUGUAUUGCAGAAGGAGUGCCAUAAUGAACAAGAGCAUAAUGACAAUCAAUCGUUUCUUUGGUCACCGUCAAAAUAAAAAACAAAUCUAUGCAAAAGAUCCAAUCAAACCUAAAAAGGCUGACUUGGAGAAACAGAAAAAGUUGGUUACUGCAGUGAAAUCAUCUAAAUCAAGAAUUCCUGACAGAGAGGAUAAAGGCUACUACAGGUGUAAAGCCAUUAAGGGAUGCAGUGCAACUGCUGCAAAGGCAGAGUCAAUGCAUUUUCAUAUUCAAAAACAUCUUAAGUACAAACCAUACAAAUGUGAGACUUGCGGCUUGAAGUUUUUUGCGGAAUGCCAUGUUAAAAUGCAUCACACUAAAAUACAUGGUCCAGACUUAAAGUUCAGAUUCACUGUAGAGACAAAAGCUGCACUUGAGGAGCAAAUUGCCAAGUACAUAAGUAAAGGCCAUUGCUAUGAUUUUGUUGAGAAGACAUUUACAGAAGAAGAUUACAAGAAAUUGAGGAACGGGCCAAAGCGUCUUUAUAGAGAAUUUGGAGGAAAACAGCCAGUCUUUAAGUGUGUUGAAUGCUCUUUUCAGGCAAGCAAUAGGAAGAAAAUCAUAGAUCAUGUCUACAAUCAUUUUCCACAGUUCUACAAGUGCCCUUUCUGUAACCACACUGGCUACCCUAGGUUUCUGGUAAUGGAGCACAUGGCUGAAGCCCAUCCCAAGAAAAACAUGAACACUCCGAUCAUCAAUCUAAUGAAGCAGUCUGUACCGGCCCAGUCAAAGGAACCUACCUCAGUAUGGUCAUCCUCAGAAUCCUCUGACACAGAUGUGUAUUCCGAUGAGGAAGGAAGUCCACCACGUAUGAGCAACAAAUCCAAAUCUUCAGUAGUACAGUCCUCUGACUCGGACAUCUCUCUUCCUAAAUCAGUAACCAAAAGAGGUGCAGUAAGCAAAAGAGGUGCAAUAAGGAAAAGAGCGAGAAUCUCAUCGGAUUCUGAUGAUGAAGAUGACGACAUUAGCAGUAGGAAACGUUUUAAACGCAAAGUGUCAAACUCAACCUCGGCCAAGAACAAAAAUCUAACCUCUUCAUCAAAUAUUGAGGAGGAGACUGAGGAGGAGAGUGAUGAGAGCGAUGAGGAAACGGAAAGUUCAAGUUUGGAACCAGACACUGACGAUUCCUCUUCUUCAAGUGCUGAUGAUGAGGAUGAUUAUUCUGAAGAUAUUGUUCCACCACGAAGGAAACAACGUCGACGUCUGUCUGACAGCACUCCUGAUGAGAUAGAUAACGGGCCGACUCGCUACGUCUGCCACCAGUGUCAUUUCCAUAGUGAGGACCUUGGAGUCUACUGUCGCCAUCUCGUCACUCAUGGUGGAUUUAACCAGUUGUGUCCCCGCCUUGUUCCGAAAAAUCUCCGGGGACCAGUGGAGGAGCAAGUAGAGAGACUCAUGGAAGGGAAUUCCAGGAAAGAAGGAACCACUUUCCUUUGUGCUUACUGUAGCUAUAUGGCUGUCACGUCUUUCCGUCUGAAGCAACACAUCCUUACAAACCACCCCGGCAGUUUCACAGACUAUAUGGAGAUUCACACAAAAGAUCAGAUGUCAAAUAUCAUGGCGGUCGCUAUGAAACCCUCCAUUGUAAUGACUGACAUUUGUAAAAUGGAUCUUAUAGAUUUAGCCUUGAUGUUAGCUCACGAAGGAGUAAAGAUGAACAGUUCCAAAAGCAAUCAAUGUGAAGAGAAAAAACCAGCAGUAGACGAAGCUAGUGCAGGUAGCUCUGGUGAAAAGAGGAGGAAAAAAUUCAGCAUCAUGAGCCCGUCAAAAUACUACAAAAAAUCUACUUCCCAUACAGAUGUUCACCAGGCUGAUGAUCCUUGUGGCAAAGGUGAUCAGAGUUAUUCUAAGGAGAGGAAAAUACAAAGUAUGGAGGGGACAUCAGAAUUUGGUAGAAAUAACCCCCUUCUAGGUGUUAACGAGAACAGGACAUCAUCAAGUGACCGCCAUCUUGUAUCAGAGGAGAAGCAGUCAGGUCAGAGAGAGGACAGCGCUUGUUUUCAUGAUUCAAAAAGUACACACCAGAGAUUGGACAUAUUUGAUGCAUUUAUUCAGCUCACACAAGAAGACAGGAACAAGACUGAUGGGUUUGAAGACGUGAUGGCUGAGUAUCUGUCAGCGGAGGAGAAAACCGAUGACACUAGGACAAGGAAUAUGUGUGAUGUAAUUCUCCGUCCAUCAGGGACAAAUAACGAUUAUUCUGAGAACCAAAGCAGCUCAUUAGAAAAGAAAGUUGAAUCUAUUAAACCUCAUACAGUAUUUUCAACUGAGGAAGAAACUCUCCAUAAAGAUGAUGCUUUUGAAAAUGAAAAAAGUUCCUUAUCCUCUGAAGAAAAUGCUGUAGAAACUCCAGAAAGUUCUAUAGAAACAAUUGGAAAUUCUAUCACAGGAGAAAAAAGACCUGUUACUUGCACAACAAAGGCAUCCAAGAAAGACACCCAACUAACAGACAUGUAUGAAGAUAUAUCAGAUUGUAGUGAAAAUUCUGAAGGUCAAACGUAUGAAGAUAUAUCAGAUUGUAGUGAAAAUUCUGAAGGUCAAACGUAUGAAGAUAUAUCAGAUUGUAGUGAAAAUUCUGAAGGUCAAGCUAACCUUGGAAAUCAGGACAGUGAUAAAACUAUAACGGAAGACGGACCUACCACUCUGAGUAGCACCACUGACCACAUGGAUGUUUCUGACUGGUCAGUCUAUUCAGACAUCUCUGACUGUAGUGACUCGAUUCUUUCAAAGGAUGAUACCUUAUGUGAGGAAACGCCAAAAGUCUCGGAGAAACCCAGCAACACCAAAGACAACAGUUUCGGUGAGGAAAUAUUACACUCCUCCUCAACAUCAAAACCAUUGGGAACAGAUUUGUUACUGGAACAGAACACUGGGAAAACCUUUGGUUCCAAAGAAGUCUCAGACAUGAACAAUACAACAAAUAUGAGCAUUGCAUCCAAAGACCAAGGUCUUGAAAUAUCAUCAGAAAGUCAAAAUCAAUCACCAGAUCGCCAUACCAGUUCUGUGAAUUUAAGGGGAAGUCACUGUCAAUCUUCUAGUUCUGUCUGUGAGAGGGGGGAUAACUCUCGACCUUCUACAUCAGUUUUGGUAGAAGAUUGCUCCAUUCCUACUAGUUCUAUUUGUGAAGGGGGAGAUAACUCAACCAAUACUAGUACAGUUUGUAUAGAGGUUGAUAACAAAGCACUGCCAUCAGGGACCGCACAGUCAUUAAAGGGAGAUAACUCUUUGCCCUCAGUAAUUACCGGGGACAAUGUGAUGUCCAGUAUUGAUAGUAUGUUGGACAGUUUGUCGGAUAUUAAACAGCAAGAAGAGGCUGUCUCAGCAAUAAAUAAUGCAUCACAGCAGGAAAAUGUGACCUCACUAACCGUCACCACAAACAAACAGGAAUCUGAGGAAUCUGACAACGAGUCCAUCGGGUUUGAGGUGAACAUUAGCUCACAGGAACUUUGACUCAACAACCACGACGUACAGACAGGUGACUUGGGAUAACAAACAGAUACAUAUGAUCAGAGAUUUGUGAUUUUCUUUUGAAAUAAUGCACAGAUAUGUGACUUGUCUACAAAUCAGAGUUUGUGAUUUCUUGGCACAACCGGGCACAGACAGUACAGAUACAUGAAUUCUCUACAAAUCGGGUUUGUGAAUUAUUGUAUGUACAAGCACUCAUUAAGAGCUCACUUGUUAACAAUGCAGUGACUUAGACAUUUUUAGCACAAUGGUCAUUGUGACAAUAGACCAUGUAUGAGGUACAAUAGGGGACAUUAUAUUGGCUAUUAACAGUACCUAUAGGGCCAACAUAGUGUUGGUAAUCACAUGGCAUUGAUAAGUUGGAAUGGUUGUAUGAUAGCUGUGUGAUAAAAUUUGGUGAAUUCUUUUUUGUAAAAUGAUAUACUGUAAUCGUACAUGUUUUUACAUCUUCACUAGCCAAGGCUUCUGAUUACGUUACACUCCACGAACCCUUGGCAGAUAUAGGCGUCAGUUCUGGCCCUCUAGCGGUGAUUCAA